GAACCAAAAGAAUUUGUCUAUUCUUUUUCUUCUCUACCAAGUUUAUAGUAGUACUCCUAGUUUCUUCCCUUAGGUUCGUUGAUUUAACAAAGAGUUGACCCAUGAGGCGCCAAUUUCAAUCAAUCCAAAGAUAAGGUUUUUACUCUCCACACCCUUUCUUCAUUUCUUUCUCUCUCCUCCAUAGUUGUACCUUGUUCAUCUUUAAAGGGAGAAAAAUAAAUUAAACCCUUAAUUCUAAUUUCUUUCAUUCAUAACCUCUUGCAAAAUCAACUAAUAGUAAUUAGUAAUACCCAAAUAAAUUCAGGCCAAAAAUCAACAAGAACAAGAAAUAGUUUUGAAAUUAAAGUAAGUAUGACAACAUUGCAAGCUUCUCUUUUGAUAAAGCCUCCAUUUUUAUCCCCUUUUGUUCGUUUUUCGUAUUGCCCACGUUAUGUUUCACCCUUUUCGUGCUUUAAUCUUUCUCGUUCUUGUAAAUUAUGCAUAAAUUGCUGCAAUCUACACCCUGAAAAACCCCAUUUAAGUUCAAAUGCUGAUCAUGUUGAAGACCCAUUUUCAUCAAAUUCUAAUGCCGAGCAACAAGUUUUUGAUGGUAGAGGUGAAAACCCUACAAGUUGUGGUAAUGAGGAUAGUGUUUUUAGAAUUGAAGAAAAAGGAGAUGAAGGAGAAGAGGGUUUGAUGGUUGAGAAAAAUGGGGAAGAGCGUAAAUUAGCAAUAGUUGUGUUUUUAGUGGGAAUUUGGGCAACUAUGAAAAAGGGGUUUGAGAAGAUUUGGCUAUCUGGGUGGUUUAGUUGGUGGCCAUGGCAGCAGGAGAAGCGGCUUCAACGUUUGAUCGCCCAGGCGGAUGCUAAUCCUAAUGAUGCUGUGUUGCAAAGCUCUUUGCUUGCUGAGCUUAACAAGCAUAGCCCUGAAUCUGUCAUCAAGCGCUUUGAACAACGAGAAAUUGCAGUGGAUAGCAGAGGUGUCAUAGAGUAUCUUCGAGCUUUAGUGGCUACCAAUGCCAUUGCUGAUUAUCUACCUGAUGAAGAGUCUAGGAAGCCCUCUAGUCUCCCCACAUUGCUGCAAGAACUAAAACAACGUGCAUCAGGAAAUACAGAGGAGCUUUCAAUUAGCCCUGGAAUAUCUGAGAAGCAGCCAUUACAUGUAGUUAUGGUUGAUCCUAAGGCGUCCAGCAAAAUGUCACGUCUUACACAAGAGCUCUUCUCAACUAUACUCUUCACUUUGGCUGUUGGUUUAGUUUGGGUAAUGGGAGCUUCCGCACUUCAGAAGUACAUAAGUAGUUUAGGUGGUAUAGGAGCUUCUGGCGUUGGUUCGAGUUCUUCAUACUCAACAAAAGAGUUGAAUAAGGAAGUGCUCCCAGAAAAGAAUGUCAAAACGUUUAAGGAUGUUAAGGGAUGUGAUGAUGCCAAGCAAGAACUUGAGGAGGUGGUGGAAUACCUCAAAAAUCCUGAAAAAUUUACUCGACUUGGAGGGAAGUUGCCAAAGGGAAUUCUUUUGACUGGAGCUCCUGGCACUGGGAAAACACUUCUUGCCAAGGCUAUUGCUGGAGAAGCUGGAGUACCAUUUUUCUACCGAGCAGGUUCCGAGUUCGAAGAGAUGUUUGUUGGUGUUGGUGCUCGUCGAGUGCGGUCCUUGUUCCAAGCAGCCAAGAAAAAGGCUCCAUGCAUUAUUUUUAUUGAUGAAAUCGAUGCCAUCGGAUCAACAAGAAAACAGUGGGAAGGACAUACCAAAAAGACAUUGCAUCAACUUCUUGUUGAAAUGGAUGGUUUCGAGCAGAACGAGGGCAUAAUAUUAAUGGCUGCAACAAACUUGCCUGAUAUUCUCGAUCCUGCUUUGACCCGACCUGGCAGAUUUGAUAGGCAUAUUGUUGUUCCCAGUCCAGACGUACGAGGUCGCCAAGAUAUCCUAGAUUUGUAUUUACAAGAUAAACCAAUUGCUGAUGAUGUUGACGUCAAAGCGAUUGCUCGUGGUACCCCUGGAUUCAAUGGAGCAGAUCUAGCAAAUUUGGUCAACAUAGCUGCCAUUAAGGCUGCAGUUGAAGGUGCCGAAAAGUUGACGGCUGCUCAACUGGAGUUCGCAAAAGACAGAAUACUAAUGGGUACGGAGCGAAAAACUAUGUUCAUGACUGAGGACUCCAAAAAGCUUACUGCAUACCAUGAGAGUGGGCAUGCAAUUGUGGCUUUGAACACUGAGGGUGCUCAUCCAAUCCAUAAAGCAACGAUUGUGCCACGUGGAUCCGCUUUGGGGAUGGUUACACAACUCCCUUCAAAUGAUGAGACCUCGGUUAGCAAGAAACAACUAUUGGCUCGUCUUGAUGUUUGUAUGGGAGGUAGGGUCGCAGAGGAGCUUAUAUUCGGUCAAGAUCAUGUCACGACUGGAGCGAGUAGUGACCUCAACACUGCUACAGAGCUUGCUCAAUAUAUGGUAACAAGUUGUGGGAUGAGUGAUACAAUUGGUCCCGUUCAUCUCAAAGAUAGACCAGGUUCAGAAAUGCAAUCUCGUAUCGAUGCAGAGGUUGUCAAACUUCUUAGAGAUGCAUAUGACCGGGUGAAGGCCUUGCUAAAGAAGCAUGAAAAGGCGCUGCACGCUCUUGCCAAUGCACUAUUGGAAUAUGAGACGCUAAGUUCGGAAGACAUCAAACGUAUUCUUCUUCCGUAUCGUGAAGAAAGGCAACUAACGGAGCCUCAACAACAGCAAGAAGGCGAACUUGUAUUGGCCUAAACCGGGUGUCCCUUAUUAUUAGCUAUUGAACGUUACUGGAGUGAAGCUGAUGCUUGUCGUGGAACGAACAAAACCCAGCUCGCCAACUGUUCGGGAUAUCAUUGUUGAUUGUUCACUAACAUACAAAGCAUUCUUACCAUAAAUAGCAGGUGCAAGUCAUUCCUUUCGAAGGCAUUCAUUUUUGCAGAUCAAAUUUCAGAAGAAUUUUCAGAAAAAAGGUGUGUACUCUAUGAGAUAGUAGUGGGCUUUCUUGAAGUGUUUAAAAGGAAAUUAUGUUGGAAAUAUCAGAAAUUGUACAAUAGUAAUUAGACACUAAUUGUGAAUGAUAAGUAUUAAGGUUUUCUAUGUUAAUGAUCAAGAACUUAUAACCCAAA